AUGGAGGUGUCACCUUGCCAUUUGUUGUGUGUGAAAAUCGUACAAAUAAAAAAUCUACGAAAGGCAGAUUUAUUUAGCCAGUCUGAUUGCUAUGUGAGCUUGUACCUGCCAACAGCUUCAUUUGAAAGACCUCGGACCAAGACUGUUAAGGACUGUAAGGAUCCAGUAUGGAAUGAAACCUUCUACUUCAGGAUACAGACACGGGUCAAAAAUGUUUUGGAGAUGAUGGUUCACGAUGAAGACCACUGCCUCGUGGAUAAUAAUCUCUGCACUGUUCUCUUUGAUGUUUCCAAGAUCCAGCUUGGAGAAAGAGUUUGCCUCACAUUUCCAUUGGAUCCAAAAAUUCCAGAAACUCUGGAGGUAGAGUUUAGCCGGGAGAGCAUCCCAGUUCCUGAUGAGCAUAUUGUUACUAAUGGCGUAUUAGUGUCUCGUGAAAUUUCCUGCUUGGGUGUACAGGUGAAUGGAGGGACAGCAAUGAAGAAGAAACAAGGAGAGCAAAACUUCACAUUCUCUGUGAAGGGAUCCUAUGAAGAGAGUCAGGACUUUACGUUCGGCUCUGAGCUGUGCCCUGCUGAUCCUCUAGUGUUUCACUGCAUCAAGAAUAUGGAAUCUGCACUGGAGAUUGAACCAGCAAAGAAGCCACGCUUUUGUACUCCUGGUGAAAGUAAUGAUGCAAAUAAAAGACUUUGCUUCACUUUGCCUCUUGAUUCACUUAGUAUGGAAAAAGAAGUGACCAUAGGCAAGGACAAAACAGUUGAUCUAUGUGUGGACGUGAAAGAAUGGCUGAAAAACCUGGAUGUGCGUUUCGGGUAUGAACUAUGUAUGGAUGAACAAACAGUUAUACAGAAACGGAAGAAGUUUGUUGCAGCUGCCCUGGAAAGGGCUCUGGGCUUAAAGAAGGGCUUACAAGAUCAUGAGGUGCCAGUGGUGGCUGUCAUGACAACAGGAGGAGGUGCCAGGGCAUUCACAGCUUUACAUGGCAACCUGUAUGGUCUUCAAAAAUUGAAUCUCUUAGAUUGUAUUUCAUACAUCACUGGAUCAUCAGGCUCCACAUGGGCCUUAUCCAAUCUUUAUGAACAUGCUGACUGGUCACAGCAAGACCUUUCAGGAGCAAUUUCAGAGGCUCGCAAGAGUAUCACCAAAUGCAAGCUGGACUUGUUUUCCCUCCAAAACUUAAAGGAAUACAGUGAUGCACUGGAACAUCGGCAAAAGGAAGGCUACAAAACAUGUGUCACUGAUCUUUGGGGACUUUUCAUUGACAAAGCAUUGAGCAACGGGAGAUGCAGCGACACACUCUCAGGGCAGAAGCGUGCCCUGACUCACGGUCAAAACCCCCUGCCUAUAUACAUGGUACUCAACACCAAGGACAACUAUAGCCUUGCAGAAUUUAAAGAAUGGAUGGAAUUCACUCCUUUUGAGGUUGGAAUAAUAAAAUAUGGGGCCUAUGUUCGUGCUGAGGACUUUGGAAGUAAAUUCUUCAUGGGACGGCUGAUGAGGAAACUUCCAGAAUCUGGAAUCUGUUUCAUGAAAGGUGUGUGGAGUAAUGUAUUUUCUUAUAACCUACUGGAUUCCGGGCGUGCACUUGAUUCUUCGGAAGAAGGUCUGUGGUACCUGCUUACCAGGGACAAAGUACAAGAUAUUGAAGAAAGACCACCUCAGCCACCAAAAGCAGAUGAAUUGAAUACUCACUUGGUUAUCCCUGCCAAUAAAUUCAUGAAGACCCUUCGUGAAGUCUUAACACAAAGGAUAACAACCUCAAAGUUCUACAAUUUCAUAAAAGAAUUCCGAUUAAAUGAUGGAUAUAUAGAUAAUAAAAACUUUGCCAUAUGGAAAGAUACUGAUCUAGACACUCUUCCCAACCAGCUGACAGCUACAUCAGAAUACCUGUCUAUCACAGAUACUGCAGCAUAUAUAGAUAUCAGCUACCCACCACUCCUGAGGCCUGAGAGGAAAGUGGAUGUCAUUAUACAUUUAAAUUAUUCUUCAGGAUCACAAACAUCUCCUUUACAAGAAGCCUCCAGAUACUUUGCAAAGCAAGGAAUUCCUUUCCCCAAAGUAGAUCAGAGUCAUAUUAAGGAUAAGGAUCUGAAGGAGUGCUAUGUCUUUGAAGAUCUCGAGAAUUCGAAAGCACCCAUUGUGGUUUUCUUUCCUCUGAUAAAUGACACAUUCAGAAAAUAUAAAGCACCAGGUGUGGAACGCAGCCCCUCUGAACUGAAGCAGGGUGAUGUUAAUGUGACUGGUCCUUGUUCUCCAUAUGGACUCCAAAGCUUUACAUAUACAGAGGAGGAUUUUGAUAAACUGGUGGGAUUGACCAGCUACAAUAUUCAGAAUAAUGAAGAUUCGAUCCUCCACGCUUUGCGAAGAGCAGUAGAGAGAAAAAGACACCAAACAAAAUAGGCAUUAUGGGGAAACCUAUCCAGAAAAGAUAGAUGCAUAGCUUUUGCAUUAAGUU